CUCCGCUGCCCGCGCCGCCCGCGGCUCCCGAUGGAGACUGACGCGCCCCAGCCCGGCCUCGCCUCCCCGGACUCGCCGCACGACCCCUGCAAGAUGUUCAUCGGCGGACUCAGUUGGCAGACCACGCAGGAAGGGCUGCGCGAAUACUUCGGCCAGUUCGGGGAGGUGAAGGAGUGUCUGGUGAUGCGGGACCCCCUGACCAAAAGAUCCAGGGGUUUCGGCUUCGUCACUUUCAUGGACCAGGCGGGGGUGGAUAAGGUGCUGGCGCAAUCGCGGCACGAGCUCGACUCCAAAACAAUUGACCCCAAGGUGGCCUUUCCUCGGAGAGCACAGCCUAAGAUGGUCACUCGAACGAAGAAGAUCUUCGUGGGGGGCCUGUCCGUGAACACCACAGUGGAGGAUGUGAAGCAAUAUUUUGAGCAGUUCGGGAAGGUGGACGACGCCAUGCUCAUGUUUGACAAAACCACCAACAGGCACAGAGGGUUCGGGUUUGUCACAUUCGAGAGUGAGGACAUCGUAGAGAAAGUAUGUGAGAUCCACUUCCAUGAAAUCAACAACAAAAUGGUGGAAUGCAAGAAAGCUCAACCAAAGGAGGUGAUGUCCCCGACGGGCUCCGCCCGCGGCAGGUCUCGAGUCAUGCCCUACGGAAUGGACGCCUUCAUGCUGGGCAUCGGCAUGCUGGGUUACCCAGGUUUCCAAGCCACUACCUAUGCCAGCCGGAGUUACACAGGCCUUGCCCCCGGUUACACCUACCAGUUCCCCGAAUUCCGUGUAGAGAGGACCCCUCUCGCCAGCGCCCCAGUCCUCCCCGAGCUCACAGCUAUUCCACUCACUGCUUAUGGUCCGAUGGCGGCAGCGGCAGCAGCGGCAGCUGUAGUUCGAGGGACAGGCUCUCACCCCUGGACGAUGGCUCCUCCUCCAGGUUCUACUCCUAGCCGCACAGGGGGCUUCCUAGGGACCACGAGCCCCGGCCCCAUGGCUGAGCUCUACGGGGCAGCCAACCAGGACUCGGGGGUCAGCAGUUACAUCAGCGCCGCCAGCCCCGCCCCCAGCACUGGUUUCGGCCACAGUCUUGGGGGUCCCUUGAUUGCCACAGCCUUCACCAAUGGGUACCACUGAAGCCGGGGAGAGGUGGCAGGAGCGCCCCAGCCUGCAGCUGACUGAGGACCAGAGUGAGCCAGCGAGGGGAUGGGGACACCUCAGCCGCAGCAGCCCAGCCCCUCCACUGCAACUCGGACCGCUACUGCCUGCCCCCCAAUCCCUGGGCCCAGCCCCUGCCCUGCUGUCCUCACCUGGCUCCCAUACUAACCUCCCUGUUCCACCCCAGCCCCACCUCUCCCCACCUGCCUCUCUCCCAAUUCUUUUAUUUAUUUUGGAUUAGCC